AUGACAGAGGUGGCAACUACAAAAAAAGAACAAAGGUUACUGAUAAAACCCACCAAAGGGCUACAAGCAUCAGAAGAUAUUUUAGGCCACCCAUCUAGUCAUCGAUUGAAUGAAGCUGAUUAUCAAAAAGUUAAGGAAAUGUCUACAGCAGGUGUUUAUUCUCAAGAAAUACUCUCUAUGCUUCAUCAAAGCAAUCCAGAUAGUUUAGCAAUCUCAAAAACGAUCUAUAACAUUCGAAAUAAAAUUCAGCAUGACAAUCUUCAAGGCUGCACCCUAAUUCAUGCUCUUUUUGACAAGCUUACAGAAGGAAAUUUUGAAUUUUAUUACCAAUAUAAUUAA